AUGGAUGACACUUCAGUUAACCCCGGCGCGGCAUCUGAGAAUGCUCAGCCCAUAACUGGCACCGAGGGCGCCGCAGAUAUCACCAAUGCCGGCAGUGCAUCAGAAGCCCAGUCACGUCAAGAGUCCCCCGAGAAGAAGGUCGAAAACUCCGGAUCCGAGAACCCUCUUGAUGCCCCUGCCUCCCCCAAAGGCCGCAAUGACAAUGUCGAGCCGGAGGACGAGGAAAUGGGCGGCACCGAGACCGAUGCGAAACGCGAUACUGAAGGUCUGGAAGACGCUGCCGGAGAGUCGCAACCGCCUGAGCAGACUGGUGAAGGUCUUGAAGAUGCCGUUGGCGAAGAGCAGCCUGCUCCCUCUAAGUCCUCGCUGGAGGCCGCCGCCCGCGAACAGCUUGUCACCCAGACCCACGCCAUCAUUCUCCCCAGCUACGCGACCUGGUUUGAUAUGAACACCGUUCACGAGAUCGAGAAGAAAGCCAUUGCGGAGUUCUUCAACGGACGCAACCGCAGCAAGACCCCAGCGACCUACAAGGAUUAUCGUGAUUUCAUGAUUAACACCUACCGUCUGAACCCUAUCGAAUACUUGACGGUCACUGCUUGCCGUCGGAACCUGGCGGGUGAUGUUUGCGCCAUCAUGCGUAUUCACUCUUUCCUUGAGCAGUGGGGUCUGAUCAACUACCAGGUUGAUCCUCAAUCUCGCCCUUCUAAUAUUGGACCACCAUUUACCGGCCACUUCCGCGUUAUUGCCGAUACCCCCCGCGGAUUGCAGCCAUUCCAGCCCGGCCCUAACCCUACUGUCACCUCCGGCAAGACCCUCCCAUCCACAGACCGCGCCGCCUCUUCGACCCCCGCGACUAAAGGCGAAGGCCUCGACUUGCGCCGCAAUAUCUUUGAUAACAAGGGCAAGGAUGUCACUCCUUCUACGGACGACAAGCAGACCAAUGGUGAUGGAACGAAUGGUAUUGAGCAGGAGCCCAAGAAGAAGUCUCACUGCUUCUCUUGUGGCAUUGACUGCACAAGACUUCGAUUCCAUUACGCCAAGUCUACACCCACAUCAGCUAAUGCGACAACUCCCGACUCCAAAUACGACCUUUGCCCCAACUGCUUCCUCCAAGGACGCAUGCCCUCAAGCCAUAAUGCCUCAGACUUCGUGAAGCUGGAAGACAAGAGCCACAGCCAGGUUCCAGACAAAGAUGCACCGUGGGCUGACUCAGAACUCCUGCUCCUAUUGGAGGGUCUGGAGAACUUCGACGAGAACUGGGAGCAGAUCGCAAACCACGUGGGUACACGAACCCGCGAAGAGUGCGUGAUGAAGUUCCUCUCCCUCGAAAUCGAGGAUAAAUACAUUGAAGAUAUUCCCGAUAUUCGCACUACAGCAGGCAGGGAUCCCAUCAGCCAAUCUGAGAACCCCGUUCUGUCGGUAGUAGCUUUCCUUGCCCAGAUGGCCGAGCCCGCCGUGGCUGCGGCUGCCGCCGGCCGCUCCGUCGAGGAAAUCCGCAAGGAGCUACGCAGCCAGCUGGAGAAGGGAGAUAACAAGGGAAAAGACGUCAAGGCCGAAGACUCAAUGGACGUGGAUACCGUCCGCGAAGCCGAACAAAGCGAGAAGCCCAAGGAGUCUCUGUCUACCAUAGCAAUGGCCACCUCUGCCGCGCGCGCCGGAGCUCUCGCCUCUCACGAGGAGCGCGAGAUGACCCGCCUCGUCGGUGCCGCAGUGAACGUGACUCUGCAGAAGUUCGAGAUCAAGCUGCAGCAGUUCAACGAGAUGGAGGAGAUUAUCGAGGCCGAGCGUCGUGAGCUUGAGCAGGCGCGCCAGCAACUCUUCCUGGACCGCAUGUCCUUUAAGAAGCGCGUUAAGGAAGCGCAGGAUGCUCUCCAGGCUGUUAGUCUGCAAGGCCCCAACGAGCAUACUAACAGCAUGCUCGCCAACGCCGCUACCGCUGGAAUUGGAAACCACUACAGCUUCCAGCCUGUUGGUGGAGAUGCCCGGGCUGGAGCUCAGCCUUUGAGCGCUGAGGGCGGCGCCGAUUACAAGACGCUUGAUCUGUGA